AUGACGGUGUUGGGUAGGGCACAGAAAUCAUGGAUAGAAAGAGCAUUUUACAAGAGAGAAUGUGUUCAUAUCAUACCCAGCACCAAAGACCCCCAUAGGUGUUGCUGUGGGCGUCUAAUAGGUCAGCAUGUUGGACUGACUCCAAGCAUCUCUGUUAUUCAGAAUGAGAAAAAUGAAAGCAGGCUUACCCGCAAUGACAUCCAGUCAGAGAAGUGGUCCAUCAGCAAGCACACGCAGCUCAGCCCAACGGACGCUUUUGGAACCAUUGAGUUCCAAGGAGGAGGCCACUCCAAUAAAGCCAUGUAUGUACGUGUGUCUUUUGACACAAAGCCUGACCUUCUUCUGCAUCUGAUGACCAAAGAGUGGCAGCUUGAGCUCCCUAAACUUCUCAUCUCUGUGCACGGGGGCCUUCAGAAUUUUGAGCUUCAGCCAAAACUCAAGCAAGUCUUUGGAAAGGGCCUCAUUAAGGCUGCUAUGACAACUGGAGCAUGGAUAUUCACUGGAGGAGUAAACACAGGAGUCAUUCGACAUGUUGGAGAUGCGCUGAAAGAUCAUGCCUCAAAAUCUCGAGGGAAGAUCUGCACCAUCGGUAUAGCUCCCUGGGGGAUUGUGGAAAAUCAAGAGGAUCUGAUUGGCAAAGAU